AUGUGCCAGUAUCAGCAGGUAAAAGAAAGAAACAAUAUCUAUCUAUCUAUCUAUCUAUCUCAUUCUGCUAUCUAUCUAUCUAUCUAUCUAUCUCAUUCUGCUAUCUAUCUCACUCCUCUGUUUAUAUCUACCUAUCUAUCUAUCGAUCUACUAUCAGGGUCUGUCCCUAUCUAUUUAUCUAUCUGUCUAUCCCAGUUUGUUCAUAUCUAUCUAUCUAUCUAUCUAUCUAUCUAUCUAUCUAUCUAUCUAUCUCAAUCUUUCCCUAUCUAUCUAUCUAUCUAUCUAUCUAUCUAUCUAUCUAUCGUGUUCUGUUCAUAUCUAUCUAUCUAUCUAUCUAUCUAUCUAUCUAUCUAUCUCAUUGUCUUCAUAUCUAUCUAUAUUUAUUUCUCUUUUCUUUCUUUCUUUCUUUCUUUCAGGUAUACGCCUUUCUUUCUGACCCAUAUUUUCUUUUUCUAUCUUUCUAGCUUUUUUUCUUUCUUGUACCGAUUCCUUCCUUCCUUCCUUCCUUCCUUCCUUUCUUUCUUAUUCUCUUACUUUUUGCAUAUUCUCUUCAUUUCUAACAUCUUAAUUCAAUCACACUGGGUGGGUUAA